UGUCAGGCAUUGCUGACAGCACUGCUAGAAGAAACUGUCAGUGUCCCACAUCCUGCUGAUGAAGGUCUGCCUCCUCCUCACUGCUGUUGCCCAGGCUUUUCUGGAGGUCUACCCAGAGCAAGCGGAGAAGCUACAGGCUUUUCCUUGCAAAGGUGAGUGCCAGUUUUCCAAGCCUCGGGAUGAGCCCAGAGCUGCCCCAGCCCACGUGCAAGGGGUAUGCCCAGAGGAAGACUACAGUCUUCUGCUUGGGCAAUAAGGUCCCACAGGACCAGGACAGAGGAGCUGGGAACAGAGGGGAGUGCAGAGCAGAGAUGAGUUUUCAGUGCUGUAUAGAAUGUGCUAGGAAGAAGUGGUAUGAGCAGAGAGAGAGGGCAGUGUGGGGUGAAAGAGCUUGCAUGACCCAGAAAGAGUUAAUUGCAUGUCAACUGUUGCUAGAUAACCGUGCCUUUCCAUCUUGACUGCUGCUCAAUGAAGGACAAUUUGUUCUAAUGAAAGAACAAUAAGCAGAAGGCUCGUUAGGAGAUAUGGUGUUUGUGCUCCUUGUCUGUGUGAGGUGGUACACAGUACUGGAAGAAGUUUAGCCACAAAUCACAGCACCCUGCUCCUUGAGUUUGUGGGAUAUAUCACUCCUUUGUUAUGACUAUUGUGCUGUAUUUUGGGCAGCUCCAAGAUCUGCCCCCCCCCCCCUUCUCUCAUGUCACAGGGAGAGAUGAAGAGCUGCACAAAGAACAGAGAUCAACUGCAGAAUGUGAGUACUGAUAGUGACCAGGGACAAGAUAGGACCCAACAGCCAAAUUCCCCUUGCCUGCACCAUCCAUAGGGUUAACAAAACCCCAAACCCACAGACCAAACACAUCCCACCUGCUUUUCUCAGAGAUCCUUUGAACUCUGAAUUGAAAACACAUUAAAUAUGAUAGAGUACAGUGCAGAUUCUUUUCUCCACUUCCCACACUGCCAAUUUAGCCACCACCAUCCAGCCCAUUACCUCCUAUCAGCAUCAGGAUUACUGUCCUUAGUCACAGGUCCUCUGUGUAAAACAGCUGCUGCAAGAAGAAAGAGGAGCAGUCACUUGUGGGGUGGAGAUGGCACGCUUGUGAGCAUGGCAUAGUGCUUCUGCUGUGGAGUUCCUUCUUCUGGAGGUGUCUCAGCCCCAUGUUCAGGGUGGCCAUCCCUCUCAAUCCCUCCUUCCCUAUGUUCUUGCAGCCCUGGCUGAGCCCAGUGGAGCAUCAGCUGGGAUGAAGACUUGAGAUCCCAGGGUUUAGCAGCAUACUGUAUGUAGGAGUAAUGCAGGAGAGGCCAAGCGGUGGAGCAGGAGGUCUUCCAAGAGGGCUGGGAGGUCAGAAGACACUGUGGUGGGGAUGUGAAUCUGGACUGUCUCUCUAUGCACAGGGUCCCACUGUCGGAGAGGGAGAGAUGCCAGGGGGCUGGAAUGCCUCCUCUGACAGCCCGGAACUGCCAGCUGCAGGGAUCAUCGUGCCUGUCAUCUUCUCCCUCAUCUUUCUUCUGGGCACUGUGGGGAACGGACUGGUGCUGGCUGUGCUGCUGAGGAACGGCCAAGUGAAGUACAACACCACCAAUCUCUUCAUCCUCAACCUGGCCGUGGCAGACCUCUGUUUCAUCAUUUGCUGUGUCCCCUUCCAAGCCACCAUUUACACCCUGGAUGGGUGGCUCUUUGGGGCCUUUGCCUGCAAGGCUGUGCAUUUCCUGAUCUACCUCACCAUGUAUGCCAGCAGCUUCACCCUGGCUACAGUCUCCAUUGACAGGUACCUGGCCAUUCGCUAUCCACUGAAGUCCCGGGAUCUCCGCACUACCCAAAAUGCAGGAGUGGCCAUUGUAGUGAUUUGGUUGCUAUCACUACUCUUUGCAGGGCCUUACCUCAGUUACUACCAGAUUGUCCAUUACCAUGGGGUGCCCAUCUGCGUCCCUGUCUGGGAGGACCAACGCCGAAAGAUUCUGGACAUCCUUACGUUUGUAGUUGGAUACCUCUUACCUGUGACUGUAGUGAGCCUGGCAUAUGCCAGGACCAUCAAGUUCCUGUGGACCUCUGUAGACCCUAUAGAGAGGAUCUCAGAGUCCCGAAAGGCCAAGCGUAAGGUCACCAAGAUGAUCGUGGCUGUGGCCAUCCUGUUCUGCCUCUGCUGGCUUCCACACCAUCUGGUUAUCCUGUGCUUCUGGUUUGGCCACUUCCCUUUCAACCGAGCCACUUAUGCCUGCCGCCUGGCUUCCCACUGCCUUUCGUAUGCUAAUUCCUGCCUCAACCCUAUUGUCUAUGCGCUGGUUUCCAAGCAUUUCCGAAAGCGUUUCAAGCAGGUCUUCACCUGCCUGUUCUUCCAGAACAAGAACAGGAAGAAGAGAACUGGAAAUAAAGUUCAUAUGGUCGCUGUGGGCAAAGGUUUCACUAACAGCACUGGAGGCUUCUAUGGAGGCAACACUGAGCUGAUUCAGAUCGCAAAGGAGAACAAUAGGAAGAGGGACACUGAAGGCGCCAGACAUGCCAGAGCAUGGACUCACCAGCUACAAGAAGUUCAGAAGGAGCUGGUGGAGGAGGAAAUCUUGGUAACAGCUGGCCAUCCCCUAGCCAAGAACACUCCAAGAAGGCCUCAAGAGUGUCUGGCUGCUGAUUGCAAAUGAGCAAAUGCAUCUCGGAAUGGCACAAUCCACCACAUCAAUGUAGAGCACAGGGACGUGUUAAUGUGAUGACAUUUCUCAUGGUCUGGGGGCAGUCCAAGUCCACCUCCCCUUCUGUGGCUCCUGCAUCCAGAUCAAAGAGGGCCAUUGCACUUUACCGCGCUGAGUCUGCACCAACAGCUUGGUUGUACAACCUCUGCAGAACUCACUGGUCAUACCUCAGUGAUAUCACCCUGCCACAGCAGGUGAACAACUGAAAGGCUGUUGCGCCCUCCCUGUGUACCCAUGGCUUCUCUGCAGCUCAAAAGGGAAAGGACCAUCAGUCUGGUCUCUUCCCCUGGGCCCAGCCCUUCCAGAAAGUACUUAAUGGAAGAGGUUUCCUUGCGCUCUGCCCUGCUUAGCCUCUGAUCUUGCAAGCAGAUACUGCAGGACACUGUCCACUUCCUUGUGCUGCUUGCAGUUCUGAAAUAUUUCUUGGCAGUUAUCCUCAGUUCUUCCCAAGCAACCCUCACAAAUCCUCCUCCCACCAUGUUGUUCCAUCUGAUUAAUCUCUGCUUUAUUUCUGUUCGCCUUUUGGAAAUUCCUGAAGGACCGCUGCCUCUUCUUUGUUCUUUAUGUAGAGUUUCAUCCCUUCCUUCAGGGGUUGUUGCUCUCUGAGCGGUGAUGUAACUCGGCAGUAUUAGCCCUGUUUGUGUGCUUUACCGACUUAGCAAGAUAUUAUUUUCCAUGAAAUGAAAAUCAUGAUUGCACUUGUGUGCACUUGGCUCAAUCUUAAAUCCUCUCUGUUCUUUUCUGUGUGGUGGGGAGAGCUUCCAGGAAGGGGCAAUGCCACCACCACCACUCAAAGGGCUGGAACAUCCUCUGCAGCAUUCCUCACUGCAGGAUUGCUGUGGGUCUGAUGUGCUCCUGGGAGCACAGUUUCCCAUUUGCUGUUCCUCGUUGCCCUCCUUGUCUCGAACAGCUGUAGAAGAGCCUUUGGUUGCAAUAGCUGCUGAAUGACCCCCUGUAGUAGAGUGGAGUGUCUUUCCAAACCUGACCAUGGGAAAAAUGGGAAUUGCUUUGGGGAUGGGGGAGGGCAAGAAAUAAGGUUCACAGAGGGUGCUGGAAUUUCUCCCUUUCCUAACCUGAAUAAAGCCCAGCAAUUU